GUGCAUUUCAAGUGUGGUUUUACGAAAUGGUGAACUUCAACUUCAGCACGAACACCUGUCGUCCGGAUAGAUAUUGUGGUCGUUAUAAGCAGCUUGUUUGGGAAAAUACUACCGAUGUUGGAUGUGGUAUUUCAGAGUGCAGCAAAUCCGGAUUUAAAUUCAGGCUUGUGUGCUAUUAUGGUCCUGGAGGCGAUGUGGCAUCGGGUAGACCAUACCGACCUGUUUGAUGCGUUUAAUGAGAAAACUAAGUAUUUCAUACCAUUUUAAAUACACAUGAUCUUUUGGAAAUGUGUUCGGUGUUUUGGUCAAAUAAAUUCAUUUUUGUGCAA